CAAAACGCAAAACACAUAAUUUUUUUUGGUGAAUGAAAACCUCCUCCCAAUACCAAACACGAUUUUAAAUUUUCAAAACCGAAAAGAAAUCUUAAAAUGUUGUACAUGCAUAUACAAAUAUAAGUGAAAAGUGUGGUUAGUCAGAUAAAAUUGUGCAAUUUGCAUGUAUAUAUAUAUAUAUAUAACAACAAAACCAACAACAGCAACAACAAUAAAUUGUGUCCUCUGUCGUAAAGCGUCAACACGUCGUAGUCUCUGUCGUCUCGUCGGCAUUAACGUCGUCAUUGUCGUCAUCGCUGAGUGUUAAAUAUAGUUAAUAGUUGAAAUUUGAAAUUUUUGCAAUACGCGCCCGUUUGUCAGCUUGAGAGCAAAAAGCCGCCAAAAUUGAGCUGUUAACUGCGCCCACGAUAUCCAUAUCGACGGUAGCGCCAACGACGCCGUCGCCGCCGCAGCACCAGCAACAUCCAUUGCAGCAUCAACAUCAGCAUCAGCAGCAGCAACAACAACAGCAGCAGCAUUACGGUCCUCCACUGCCGCCACCCUCGCCCUACUUCCAGCAUCUUCAACAGCAGCAACAACAACAGCAGCAGCAACAACAGCAGCAGCAGCAACAACAUCUGCAACACAUGAAGUUUCUGGGUGGCAACGAUGAUCGCAAUGGACGCGGUGGCGUCGGCGUUGGUGUCGGUGUCGGCGUUGGUAACGAUGCCAUUGUAGGCUCACGUGGCACCGCACAGGAUGUGGAUGCAGCGAGUGCAGCUGCUGCCGCCGCCGCCGUCGGCUAUGUAUUCCAACAGCGUCCCUCUCCCGGUGGAGUCGGUGCAGUCGGCUCCACAUCGCAUGAUAUAGCCGCUGCCGAAUAUGCUGCACAAUUCGUUCAGAAGCAGCAGCAGACGCGUUGGGCAUGCGGAGAUGAGCAUGGCAUUGAUAAUCCGGAUAAAUGGAAAUACAAUCCACCCAUGAAUCCUGCAAAUGCUGCACCCGGAGCACCACCGAGCGGUAGCAACGGCAGUAAUGGCGGUCCAGGACCCAUUGGCCCAAUUGGCAUGGGCUCGGGCAGUGGCUUGGGCGGCGGCAUGGGUGGCAGCGGCACCAAUGGUGGCCUGCACCACCCAUCAAUGAGCAAUUCGGCUGCGGCAGCGAACAUGGCAGCCAUGCAACAAGCAGCCGCAGUGGCCAAACAUAAUCACAUGAUGUCACAGGCCGCCGCCGUAGCUGCGCAGCAACAACAGCAGCAGCCUCCACACCCACAGCAGCAGCAACAACAACAGAAUCAACAAGGGCCGCCACAUCAUUUAAUGGGCGGUGGCAACGGCCUGGGAAAUGGCAAUGGACAUGGCCUUGGCGGCCUUGGCGUUAAUGUGGGUGGCGGCGCCGGACCACAUCCUGGACAAAUGCAGUCUCAGCAGCAACAGCAGCAACAACAACAGCAGCAGCAUCAAUAUAACUCAAAUUUGCUAAGUCAUGCCAUGAACAAUCCGGCAGCAGCAGCUGCAGCCGCUGCCGCAGCUCUCGGUCAUAUGCCUCAGUAUCCACAGUCCGCGGCGGGCAGCAUGUACGAUCAUGGCGGUCUGCAUCCGGGCAUGAAUGGUGGUGGCAUGCCCAAGCCUUUGGGUGGACCGGGCAGCGGUCAACUGGGCCCGGGCCCUCAGGAUUUUGUGUAUAUGGGUGGACAGCCCCAUGCAGCCGCCGUGGCCAUGGGAGGCGCCUUAAUGCCGCAACAGAACCAGUAUAUGAACAAUUCAGUGGCUGCCGCCAACAGGAAUGCAGCGAUAACCACAUCUACUGCCAAAAAGUUAUGGGAGAAAUCCGAUGGCAAGAGCGGCGCCUCAAGCACUCCAGGCGGUCCAUUGAAUCCAUUACAAAUACCUGGCGUUGGAGAUCACUCUUCGGUAUGGAAGGAUCACACUUGGUCCACACAAGGCGAGAAUAUAUUGGUGCCGCCACGAUCACGUGGUUAUCCACAUGGUGCCGCCUCCGAUACAUCCAACAGCGGCAAUGCGGGCAUAUUAAGUCCACGCGAUUCCACUUGCGUCAAAAUGGUUGAAUAUGUUUUGGGUGGUUCGCCCACAAAUAAGGAGAGUCCCUUAUCCGGUUUGGAGCCGCGUAUGCGCAACUUAAAGUUUGACGAUAACGAUAAGUCACACGAUGAUAAGGAAAAGGCCAAUUCUCCGUUUGAUACAAAUGGUUUAAAGAAGGACGAUCAGGUUACAAACACCAAUGGUGUUAUUGUCAAUGGCAUCGAUGACGACAAAGGAUUCAAUCGCACGCCCGGCUCCCGUCAACCCUCGCCCGCUGAAGAGACACUGCCACGCCCACCAACACUGCUCGAUCCCUCACAGCAUGGCAGCUUUCCACAAAUGCCGCACUUCAAUCAAAUGCUCAUGGACCACGCCCAGAGCAUGGGCGGUGGUCUCGGCGGUGUUGGCGUCGGCGGAGGUGGCAACGGCAACUAUCCGCAUCAGCAAAUGGCACAGAUGAGUCAAUUGCAGCCCCCCAUGAUGAAUGGUGUUGGUGGCAUGCCAAUGGCAGCACAGUCGCCCAUGUUGAAUCAUCAGGCACAGGCAGGUGGACCUAAUCAUAUGGAAUCUCCGGGCAAUCUAUUGCAGCAACAGCAAGCAAAUUUUGAUGUACAGGCUGAAGAUAUAGUAAUGGAAGCUUGCUAG